UUCCAUCAACGAGCUUGUUUGGCCUCACGGGCUUGCAGGGUGGAAUUCAGGCCAGAGAAAGCCGGAGCGUGCUCGAUGAGGGGUUGAAAGAUCCCUUUCUUUCCCUAAAUUUUUUCUCUUAUUUGGAAUUUGGCUCCUUUAUUCGGUCCCGUGGCUCUCCAUCGGCUGCUGAACGUCGGCAUUGAGGGCUUGAUCCAAUAGCACACAUUACAGAAGUCUCAAAUAUCAAUCCAGGCUGAAGCUAUGGAGGUAUAUGGCAAAUCCAUGAUUGCUGAGCCAAGCAAUGUGAUUUUUUUGUCCAGUAUUGUCAACCGAGAGGGUACAAUUCCCAGUCACAAAUGUGACUGGAGAUGCCAAAAUGAACACUUGUUUGGAAAUAUGUAUCGCUGCAAACUGACUGGAAUUACCCAUAUUUGUGAUAGAAAUUGUAACCAGAGGAUUCUAUAUGAUAACCAUAGUUCACUCUGCAGAGUUAGUCGGCAGCUUUUCCCUCUUUCACCAGCUGAGGAGCAGGCCGUGAGAGGUGUUCGGAGGAAGCUCGAAGUCGAGAACUCUGAUGGCUGCAUUUUUAAGCGAAAACGUGACGCCCCGCUGCAUCCUUCUUCUUUCGAGAGAUCCUUUUGUUCGGUUAACCCAAUCUGCAGUCAAGUUGGAGAUGGAAUGGACAUGAGUUGGUACUUGACAAGAUCAUUAUCUGAUAUUUGGAACUAUCAAUGAUAUUUUUCUCAUGGCAGGGUUGAUUAUGAAUUACUUGUUUCAUAUUUAUUUGCUCCCUUUGAUAACUUGUUCUGAACUUGAAUGUUAUUUUGCAGGAUUUUUUCAGGGAUGGCAUAUAAGGAGAGAACUAACAAUUGUUUAGCACUUUAUUAUAAUGCAGUGCUAAUGAUAUAUUAUUUUGCAUUUUAUAGGAAAGGAGCAAAAUUUAUCAUAGAUUACAAAAUUUCUGCAUGAAGCUGAAAAGAGCUUUGCGGCUGCAUUGGAGGACAUAUUCAAGGAGUCAUUCUCAAGUGGGGGUGAGAGACAAAAAACUUCAUUCUGUUACCAUUUUGAUGGUUCUAAUGCACUUCUGAAGCAGCUGGAAGUGGCCAUCAAGCAUCUCUGAUGGAGCUGCAAAACAUUGAACUCCUCAUUUUCUCUGAAGGAUGUUUUUGGAAUGCUUUUUUCUUAUUAUUUUUUUUAUAAAUUGUCGUCAAAAUUUUCUUAUGGCAUUGGUGUCUUUACUGUACAUAAUAUGUGAUUGUAGUUUCUGAUUUUGUCACACCCAAAAAGAUUGUAAAUGAUAAUUUGAAGUUAUUUUCUUAGGAGCAAUAAAUAUUAAGAGCGUGUAA